UUUCAAAACAAAAAUAAAUAAUAGAACAUUUUGUAGAGUGAUAAAUUGAUAAUUAUUUCGUUUUCGAUUUUAAAAGGAAUGUUUUACGAAAAAAAAAAGAAACAAGGGUUACAAAAAUCUCCGAACAACGUGCUUGCUCUUGAAGACAUUCAACUAAUCCUAAUUUGCCCAUACUAUUCGUCAGUCAAUUGUACAGUCGAGCUGCUGUGAUUUUCUCAUCUGCUUAUUAAUCUACAAGAUUUAUGUUACCGUUGAAAUUGUGAACUUCGGAAUCACCGUUCUGCCGUCAUAAUGAAGUGCUUCGUUUGUGGUCGCAAACCCAAAGUGUUCAGGUGUCCACAAGUUGAAGACGUUCGAAAACUUUGGCUGGACUUUUGCGGAAUAAAGAACCAGCUUGUGAAUGUGCGUUUGUGCUCGAUUCAUUUCGAAGAUAAGUACUUCAAAGAAAACGCCAAACGAGCCAGAUUGCUUAGAAAUGCCGUACCAUCGUUGAAUCCUCCGAGAAAUCGAAGUCUUUCGUGUGAUAAAUUUAAGGGUAAAAUGCUUCGGAGAAGACAAAUAUGUGCAUUAUGCGGAAACGUCGACAAAGCAAUAAGUUACUUCAGCUUCCCACAAAACGAAGAACGCAGAAAGCAGUGGAUGGAUAUCUGCCGCAUGCCCGAAAUAACCACUACGAGAAAGCUGUGCGAGAAACAUUUCAAAGAAGAAGACAUCGUAAAAAGCGUCGAUCCUGACAGCAGGACGAAAUUACGUUAUAACGCCAUUCCUACACAUAAUAUCAGACAUGUCAUCCCGAGUAGUGACAAAAUUGCUCAACAUUCUGUGAUCAAGGUUCCUUCGAAAAAAAACACUAACUCCGGUCGUCGUAAAAUUAUCGACCCAGCACAACUCGUUCAUUGCCACAUGCCACCGAAAGGCAGUAAAAAUAUUGCGGUCUCUGUGACUAUUCCUCCUUCAUACAAAAAUACUUAUGCUGGUCGUUGUAAAGUUAUCGAUCCAGCAAAACUCAUUCAUAGCCACCUGCCAGCGAAAGGUGGUAAAAAUGGCCAAUCUUCUGCGAAUGUUUCUCCGGAUGUUCGUUCUGAGGAUACCAAUCCAGUGCAAGUCGUUCAAUGCUUCCUUCCAGCCAAAGGUGAUAAAAAUGGUCAGUCUUCUAUGACUGUUGUUCCUCCGAAUGAUGCUAAUAUCAGUGUUGGUCAAAAAGUAGUCAUCAAAUAUGUCACACAGGAAUACAUUAAUGAGCUUAUCCGGUCGAAUAAAGAACACCUUAGCAGAAUAAAGCAGCUCGAAGAUGAAAAUAAAGCUCUUAAACAUAAAUUAUCAACGAUACAAGCCCUAACCCAGACAAAUACGACGAAUACGACGAAAGUGACAACGUUGAAUAACAAUAAGGAAUCAUCAACGAUACCAGUCCUAAGCCAGAUAAAUCCGAUGACUAUGAUGAAAGUGACAACGUUGAAUAACAAUAAGGAAUCAUUAACGAAACCAGCCCUAAUCCAGAUGAAUCCGAUGAAUAUGAUGAAAGUGACAACGUUGAAUAACAACAAGGAAUUAUCAACGAAACCAGCCCUAAUCCAGAUAAAUCCGAUGAAUAUGAUGAAAGUGACAACGUUGAAUAACAACAAGGUAUUAUCAAAGACACCAGCCCUAAUCCAGAUAAAUCCGAUGACUAUGAUGAAAGUGACAACGUUGAAUAACAAUAAAGAAUCAUUAACGAAACCAGCCCUAAGACAGAUAAUGCCGAUGAAUAUGAUGAAAGUGACAACGUUGAAUAACAAUAAGGAAUUAUCAACGAAACCAGCCCUAAUCCAGAUAAAUCCGACGAAUAAGAUGAAAGUGACAACGUUGAAUAACAAUAAGGAAAAAACAAACCAUCCUGAAAGCUAGCCUAGGUUUAAAUCUAUUUGUUUUCUGUCUGAAUAUGGUAAAUUACUGCGUACAGCGCUCUCGGACACUGAAUUUUUCAACAUGUUUAAUUAUUAAAAUAUAAUAAUUAUUGAAAUCGGAA